UCCGGACUACACCUGGAUCCUCCUGCCGGCUGCAAGAAGGCGGCGAGAAUUGUUUGUGGUUUCUUUUCUUUUUUUUUUUUUAAACCGGAAAAUGGCCAGAGAGACAUCCCAACCUCGGGUGUUUUCCGCCUAAAUCUCCUCACUGGCACCGACAGAAAAACUGAAAAUGAAAGAUUCAGGAGAGGCGACAGGCGCUGCAGAGAAAAUCAGUAAAUCUGAGAAGGACCAGAGUUGGAUCCCCAAGAUCAUCAAGAAAAGAGUGUGCACCACGUUUGUGGAGGAUUCCUUCAGUAAUGGCAGACUGUGUCAGUGUGGGGGAAGCAGAGAUGCCCAUACCUCCGUGGCUCUCGGGGACUAUUUCAGCACGGCCAUUGUGAACCACUGGGACAGCGCGCAGCACUCGUCUGAAUACCCGACGGAUGCCUUUGGAGAGCUGCAGUUCGCAGGAGCCAGCAAGAGGCAUAGCUAUUUCCUGCGUAUGUCAUGGGACACCCUGCCAUCCAUGGUCUACACCUUGAUGACGACCCACUGGGGUCUCUCUGCACCCAACCUGGUGGUUUCUGUCGUGGGCGGAGAAGGGAGGGCAAAGGUGAAGACCUGGGUGCGGGAAGUCCUCCGACAGGGGCUGGUGAAAGCUUCUCAAAGCACAGGAGCGUGGAUCCUGACGGCGGGCCUGCGUGAGGGCGUUGGCAGGUGUGUUGGAGAGGCAGUGAGAGAUCACGCUACUGCCGCCUCUUCUGUCUCCCUCAACAAGGUGGUGGCGGUGGGCAUCGCACCAUGGGGCCUCGUGUACAACAGAGACCAACUGGUCAAUCCUCAGGGCAGCUUCCCGGCUAAGUACUAUGUCCAGAACUCAUCCCGGGACUCCUGCUGCCUGGACAACAACUACCAAGCCUUCCUGUUGGUGGACGAUGGGAGUGUUGGCCGUAGAGGAGGAGAGACGGGCUUCAGAGCCAAACUGGAGGACUAUAUCUCCCACCAGCGCACAGGCAUAUGGGCUAGUGGCAGCAUUGACAUCCCUGUUCUUUGCAUGCUUAUAUCAGGGGAGCCAAGUAUGCUAGAGAGGGUGGAUCUCUCUCUGAAAACCUCCAUGCCCUGGCUGGUGCUGGCCGGCUCAGGAGGCAUCGCAGACUUCCUGAGUGAUCUGCUGGAGAAUCUGUCUUCAGCUCCGGCCGCCCAGUCUCCCGGUGAGGGCGACGGAGAGGCCGUGCCCAGUGUGGAUCUGAAGGAGAAAGUGGCUGAACGGGUUAGGAAGUACUUUUCCCCCGAUGCAGAAAUGGACAAACUUGUUGAACAGGCUUUAAGCAUCUACCAAAACAAAGACUUGAUUACCAUCUACCACGGGGAGCAGGAGGGUCCAAAUGACUUUGACACGGUACUCCUCAAAACAUUGGUGGGAGCGAGUAAGCAGCGUGCUUCAGUUAAUGCCAGCCCGUACAAUGAAGAGCUGAAGCUUGCUGUCACAUGGAACAGAGUAGAUAUCGCCAAGAGUGAACUCUUCAACGGAGACAUCCAGUGGAGGUAUGAUGACCUGGAGGACUCCAUGACGGAUGCCCUGAUCAAUGACAAACCUCAGUUUGUGCGGCUUUUCACCGAGAACGGCUUGAACAUCCUGGACUACCUGACUUACGACAGGCUGGAAAGCCUGUACCGCUCCGUGGCUGAUGGGACGCUGCUAUACCAGCUGCUGCAGCGCCACCUAGUGCUGCGGCUCGGAUCUACAACCACCGCUCCCACGUCGGCCAGUGUCCCACAGUCGCCCACCAAGUUGAUAGAGAGCAAGCAGAGUAAUGAACCAGCACAACAGGUCACCCUUUUUGAGGUGUCAGGUGUCCUGGAGCUGCUGAUAGGGGACGUGUGCCAACCAUUCUACUAUGAGGUUUUGGGAUUACACAACAUCUCGUCCAAAAGGAGAGCUCUUAAGCGUGCCAGUAAGCUUCUGUGUGGAGAGUGCGUGUAUCGGGACAGGCGCUGCGUCUACCCCUGGACCUCCCUCUUCAUUUGGGCCGUCCUGCAGAACCGCAGCGAGAUGGCCAUCUUCUUCUGGGAGAUGGCGGGUGAGUCUGUGCUGAGCGCUCUGAGUGGCUGUAAGUUGCUGAGGGAGCUGUCAAAGCUGGAGGUCGAGACGGAAACCAAACUCUCCAUGAAAGAGUUGGCCCAGAGGUUUGAGAAUCUGGCACACGACAUCUUCAGCUCUUGCUAUCGCAGCAAUGAGAACCGUUCCUUCACGCUGCUGAUCAGGAAAUCUGUGGUGUGGGGAGGCACCACCUGCCUGCAGAUGGGCAUGGGCGCUGACGCACGGCUUUUCUUUAGCCAUGACGGUGUACAGUCUCUGUUAUCCCAGAUCUGGUGGGGUGACAUGAAGAGGAACACAGAAGUGUGGAAGCUCCUGCUCACCUUCUUCUGCCCACUCCUCUGCUACACCGACCUCAUCCCCUUCAGGGAACAAGAAGACCACCAAGAGGAGGAGGAGGGGAAGCCUUAUGAGGAUGGGCCGGGUCGGAACGACAACUAUGGGACCACCGUCUUUUCCUUCUCUGACAUCAAGCACAUUGAAGCCGAGACACAAGGAACGCUCUCUCCCAGGACCGCUUCCAUCAGAGGCUUAGGGCAGCCUCUCAAACCACCACGGCGUCCGUUCAUAGUGUCACGCUGGCGGCAGUUCUGGUUUGCGCCCGUCACCUCAUUUUUGGGCAACGUCCUGAUGUACUUCCUGUUCCUCGUACUCUUCGCUUACGUGCUGUUGGUGGACUUCAAGCCACCUCCUCCCGCUGGUCCAGCCAUCACAGAGUACGUGCUGUACUUCUGGGUUUUCACCAUUGUGUGUGAGGAGAUCAGAGAGACAUUCUUUUUAGGGUCGACGACCUGGCGUCAGAGGCUCAGAGUCUACAUUCAGGACGUGUGGAAUAAAUGUGACCUCACGGCCAUAAUACUAUUCAUCAUAGGACUGGUCUGCAGGAUGUUCGACUGGUCCUAUGGAUUUGGCCGGGACGUCCUGUGUGUGGACUACAUGGUCUUCACUCUGCGGCUCAUUCACAUAUUUGCCAUUCACAAACAGCUGGGACCAAAAAUCAUCAUCGUAGGAAAGAUGAUGAAGGAUGUUUUCUUCUUCCUCUUCUUCCUGGGGGUGUGGCUCAUGGCAUACGGAGUAGCCAACCAGGCUUUGAUUUACUCCUACGACCCAAGCCUCAAUCGCAUCUUCCGCAGAGUUUUCUACCGACCGUAUUUGCACAUCUUCGGACAGAUUCCUGUCGAAGAAAUGGAUGUGGGGAAGGAGUGGGACAUGCCCUGCACAGACAACGUGACCCUGAUCGACGGCGGUGCGGAGCCGUGCCGUACUCUGUACAGUAACUGGCUGGUGGUAAUUCUUCUGGUCGUUUAUCUCCUGGUCACCAACAUCCUGCUGAUCAACCUGCUCAUUGCCAUGUUUAGCUACACGUUUUCUGAAGUGCAGGCAAAUAGUGACAUCUACUGGAAGUUCCAGCGCUACAACCUCAUUGUCCAGUACCACUCACGGCCGUCCCUCGCGCCUCCUUUCAUCAUCCUCUCUCACAUCAAUCUCUUCAUCAAGAGGAACAUCCGCAAAGUGCCCUCGGUCAAGAUCCACCACUUUGUGUUGCAGCUUAGAGGAAAAGCAGCAAACAGGUUGACAACGUGGGAAACCAUUCGGAAGGAGGACUUCCUGACGGCUCAAAGCAAGAUCCAGAAAAGCAGUGACUCAGAGAGACUUAAACGGAUAUCCGUCAAAGUGGAUGGAGUCGUGAAACAUCUGACCGAAAGCAGAGAUUUUGACCACAGAUUAAGAGCUCUGGAGACUGAGAUGGAGUACUGCUCAAAUGCCCUCAGCUGGAUCGUGGAUACUUUAGCUCAAGGCAGCACAUUUAAACCUCCUCGGCCCCCACCCACAUCAAGAGAUGCCUUCCCCUCUUCUUCUUCCAGUUCAACUUGAUGCCUCUUUUUGAUACUUUCCCCUCCGGUUAAGAUCAAGGAAAAGAUCAAAGUUGGUUACGAUCACUCUUGGCAGCUUUUUCAACAAAAGCAAACCAGUCAAACUGGUUGCUGGCCUUGGUUAUCACUGGAUUUGACUCAUAGUUUCUAACAACAAAAAUAUAUUGUGACAGUAAUAAGGAAAUGAUGUCUUAUUUAAAAGGGGAUAUAUUGUGUUUUAGAGCCUAUAUUUUUAUGUUGGAAUAUUUAUCAACUCAAGAUAUCCUCCAAAACAGAACGUGUUCACAGAAGCUGGAUAAUGCACAAACAAAGUGAACAGGGGGUUGUGACCACCUCCAUCUGAAAACAGUCAGACUGAAUUCUUGAGUUGAUUCGGGGAGCCUGCGGUGACCAAGGUGGUUGAUUUAUCCAGCUUCCUCUCUUCCAUCUCCACCCAGCUUCACAUCUCAUCGUGCCUGCUGUACCUCUGAAUCGACGAGCACAAACACAGAUUUAGAAAGAGGCACGUCUCACAGACGAGGGAGCGGAGUAGAGACGCCAACUCCAUCGCCUGCUGAACCCGCUGCUUCCGAAUGAGCAGAGGAAUUCGGUUUAAAGGGUUGUUUCUGUACUGUAUUGCUGCUGCACAUAUAGUUUGCUGCAGUGUUUUUCUUUUUGGUUUUAAUCAAAACAGGUCAGAUUUUUUUCUCAAAAUGUCAGGAAAUGUCACUUUUCGGAAGAAGGGUAAAAUAUGCAAUGUAUUUUAUAAGCUAUCUAUAUUUUUUUAUGCCGUGUGUCAUAAAAUACUAAGAGCUGUAGUUUUAAAGUCAUUCUCAAACUUGAUUUAUUUUUCUUAUUUUUUUCUUAUUUUGGGAUGUACAGAUGAUGUAUAUUGUUUAUAUGGGGUACAUUAAAGGCACCCUUGGGGGUUAAAAGUCUCAAGUGGUUUUCUAACUAUCUAUAAGACAGAGAUCAAUAUGUAUGCAUCAAUGGUUGCUAUUCCGCAAAGUUAAAAAUAUCAGUUGGGGUUCCACAGGGCUCGAUACUUGGUCCUUUAUUGUUUUUGAUUUACUGUAUAUUAAUGAUUUAACCAUGAACUGUAAUAAGUUUAUUCCUAUUUUAUUUGCAGAUGAUACUAAUCUCGUUGCCUCACACAGGGAUUUAAAUACCCUUGUCAAUCAUGUAAACAAUGAAUUAUUGGAUGUUUUCAAAUGGUUUCAACUGAACAAGCUUACUCUUAAUAUUAAAAAAUGCAACUUCAUGAUUUUUAGUAACAAAAACAAAACAUUUCCCAAAGAAAAACCUAGAAUUAUAAUCAAUGGCUCUAAAAUUUGCCAGGUUACUCGUACUAAAUUCUUGGGUGUCAUUAUCGAUGAUCAUUUAAAUUGGAAACAACAUAUUGAUACUGUAUGCAUGAAAUCUAUGAAGAUGCUUGGUAUUUUGAGAAAAGUUUGUCCUUUUUCUUCUUCCUUCCUCUCAUUUAACUCUCUAUUAUAGCUUAAUCUUCCCUCAUCUUAAUUACUGCAACAUUGUUUGGGCUUCGGCACAUUCAACAUAUAUUAAUAAAUUACUGAUAAUUCAAAAAAGGUUUCUCAGAAUGAUAUCACAUGCAAACAGAUAUGAGCCGUCUGCUCCCCUUUUCAUUAAAUAUUCAUUAUUAUCCGUCAAUAAAAUUAACAUUUUUCAAACAUGUUUAUUUAUGUUCAAAUUUAAAAAUGAUAUACAAGAUCUUCCUUCUUCUUUUCAUAAUUUCUUUUGUGUUAAUUCCGAUAUUCAUUCUUAUGCAACAAGGCACAAAGAUCAUUUUAAUUUACGGUUUUGUAGAACAUGUAAACAUCAAUCUUUCAUCACUUUCAGAGGCCCCCACUUGUGGAAUUCACUCAAUAAAUCUCUUAAAUCAUCACCAUCCUUGCCAAUAUUCAGAAAACAUUUAAAGAACUUUCUUAUUGUUUCAUCUUUGUAGUGUUUAUUAUUUUGUUUUUUUACUCCCCCUUGUGUAGCUUUUGUUUUGUUUUUUAUUCAUAUAUGG